CGGGUAAAUUUCCGUAAACAUUAGUGGGCUUAGACUGUGGAACAGACAAAAAGACAAACAUUAAUGAUAGAGCACCCUUUGCUGUGUUUAGAGCACGUCCUAUUGAUGAAAUUGAUCUCUGUCCUAGAGCAUGUAUUCAUAAAACUUGCAUUGACUUGGAAAGGACAGGAAGACAGUGGUUAGUAAUGGAAACUGAAGAGGAUAUAUGGGGAGAAGCUAAAAUUCUGUGUAAAAAGCUACAGGACUUUGGAAAUGAGACCAUUAUCAUGUCAGUAAAUAAACAAACAGAGAAAACAUCAUGUCAAACAUCAGAUGGAGUUAAUACAUUCCUAGAUAAGAAUCCAGAUUGCUUACAGAAGUAUAAGGAUUUCUGUUUGUCAUUAUAUGAUUCAACUGGUUCCAUUCAAAAUGAAGAUCAAACAAAAGGUCAAGAUAAGAGCUGGGAAAACAUGAAUCUGUUAGUUUUAGGGAACCAGUUAUCAGAUGAAGAUACAGAAGACUAUUCAGAUUAUGAAACUAUGAAAGUUCCUCUUUUAAAUUUGAGGACAACAAAAACCUCAAAGACUAAAUUAAAAGAAAAGAAUAAAGAAUCAGAAUCUGAAAUUAGCAAAAAAGGAGAAAUUAAAAGCAAGAGGACUUUAAAACCAAAGAACAAACCAGUUGGUACAGUUACCAGCUUAAAGGAAAAGACAUUAAAAACUUCUGUCCCGAAGAAAAGAAAAGUGUCAAAGUCUGUGAAAGAUGACCAAACAACAAGAGUACAAAGAAAAAACACAUCAUCAACAGUAGGAAAAAAUAGAACAGAAACAAAAGGCAGUUGUGAAGGGGAAAUAACUCAAGAAAAUACACAAAUUGAAACUGAUGGACAAAUCAGUGUAGACAGAAGUAAAGACAAUAUGGCUAGGGACAAUGAUUUGUAUCGAAUAGGAGCGCAGUGGCCUAGUUAUUCAAUUACCUGUCAAAUCUGUAAGAUGAACUGGUCUAGUAAAAUUGCCUAUGUUAAUCAUAUCCGCUCCCACAAGGAAUAUCAGAUUUGUAACAUUUGUGAUGAACUUAUUCAUGUCAAAGACGUGAGUAUUGAAACACAUAUUAGUGAAAAACACAGUGAUAUUAACCCUUUUAAGUGCAAUAUUUGUGGACGGGGAUACAAAAGUAAAAAUGGCGUCAGGAACCAUUACGUGGCUGUUCAUGCUGACUCUUCCGCUAGAUUUUGGUGCGUCUUAUGUAACCGUGCAUUUGGCACUAAUAAUAAUUACAAGUCUCACAUGAGGUCUCAUAAGGAUAGAAAGCAUUGUUUUAUGUGUAAGCAGGAAAUUGAAAACCUAGAGCUGCUGAGACAACACAUGAGAAUUAGCCAUGCUUAUUAUUUAUGUUUGGUUUGUAAUAGGUACUUCCCUGAUGAAUUGGAGCUCAAGGAGCAUGAAGAGACACAUUUAGAAAAUGAGAAAAAGUCUGAAAUUAAUCAGGAUAUCAGAAGUUUUUAUGAUUCAAAUCAUGAAGAUGUGGUGGAAAAAGAUAACAGGCAUAUAAAUAAUCAGGAUAAUGGCGGGAGUACUGGAAGAAAAAAUUUAAGAGAGUUAUUUUCGAAAGUGUUAAAAAAUCCAGAUAUAAUAGAUGAAAAUGAAACAGCAAAAAAUGAAACAACUUCAAAUGAUUUAAAGAAAGAUAAGAAAGAAAGCAUUUCCAGUAAAGGCAGUCAACAAUGUGGUACUGCUAGAAAAUCAUUUAAAUGUAAAUUUUGUGGUCGUGUUUUUAAACUUGGAAUUGCUUUUGCACGUCAUGUAAAAUUACACAACAAUCAGUCCACCUUUAAAUGCCAACAUUGUGGCAAAACUUGUAAGAAUGAAGAGACGUUUAAACAUCAUAUGAUUUUACAUCUACCUGAUGAGAAGAGGCCACAUCGAUGUCAAGAAUGUGGCAAAGGGUUUGCCACUAAUACCUGUCUGAAGAAACAUUUUCUAGUCCACAGCAAAUUGAAGGAAUUUAUAUGUGAAUUCUGUGGCCAGUGUUGUCGAGAUAUGACAAAUUUAAAGAUACAUCGUAGAUCUCAUACAGGAGAAAGACCAUACAAAUGUAAAUCUUGUCCAAAGACUUACCGGAGCUGGGACGCAUUACACAACCACCAACAGUCUAUACAUCUACCAAAGAAAUCGUACAUGUGCGAUAUAUGUGGGAAAUUUUACACACAAAAACAUAGACUUUAUGAACAUAAACGCACACAUCGGGAAGAUGGGUUGAAAUGUGAUAUUUGUGGAAUUAAAACACUGAGCGUUGCUGCAGUCCGAAGACAUUUGGUUCUAGAACAUCUAGAAAUUGCCAAACAAAGGGGAUAUAAAAUCUAUACCUGUGAUUACUGUCAAAAGAUUUUACCGAACAAAGAAAAAUAUGAUUAUCAUAUACGACAGCAUACAGGUGCAAGGCCAUUUAGUUGUUUGGAAUGUAAUAAAAGUUUCAGAGACAGGAAACAGCUCAAGAUUCACAUGAGAAUACAUUUAAAUGAUAAGAAAUAUUCCUGUUCUGUGUGUAACAAAUCGUUUCUUUACAACAGAACCCUUAAAAAACAUCUUUUAACUCAUCAAUCUGAAAGUGCUCCCCAUCAAAAGCAUAUUUUUUCAACAAUUGAUGUAGCUCCCUCAAGUAUAUACAUGACAGGUGAAACUCGCUUUUCAGAUCACAUUUAUAGUGCUGGUUGUAGGUCUAAUGGGAUUUUGGUUUCCAAUAGCAACAUUUCUCAUAGGAACACUGUACAGAAUGUGCCUCACUUGAACACAUCUCAUGGAGAACCUGUUCAGAAUGUUCAUCAAUUGAACACUGUGAAUGGGUUUCCUGUGAAUUACUAUACAGAAAGACAUACCAACGAAACUUAUGGUAGUGAAAAUCCACUUGUGGGAGCCUUCAAUAACUUAUACUCUAACCAGAAUCUUGGACAAAAUUAGAUCAUAUAUACAUAAUUUUGGGGCCCUUUAUACAUGUUAUAGCUUUUUGUUCAUUGUGAGCCAAGGCUCCAUGUUGAAGGCUGUACCUUGACCUAUUAUGGUUUACUUUUAUAAAUUGAUAUUUAUAUGGAGAGUUGUUUCAUUGGUACUCAUACCACAUCUUGCUAUACCUAUAUACACUAGUCCAUUUAUCAAUGAAUAAAUGGAUACUAUGGCUUCAUUAUUAUUUGUUGGAUACAGAUUUUUAGGAUACAAGCUAGGUUAACUACUAAUUUUGAUGUUCAAUGAAUUACAAAUUUGCAGAUUUUGGUAAAACCACAAAAUUACAUAUCCAUUAAAAUGCAAGUUUUCAGCAAUUUAUGAAAACUGGUACCCACGAAAAUAACUGAAUCCACAGUACUUGAAACAGAUACAUUGAUAAAUGAACAUUGUGAACUAGCACUUUGAAUAUCUGGCUCAGGACGUACAUCGUUCAAAGAUAGGUUAAUAAUCAUAUCGCAUUGAACAACAUCAUGAACAUAUCUAAAUAAUUGUAAUGAAUUACUUUGCCUUUCAUGUGCCCUUUUUAAUUGGAAUAAAAGUAUCUUAUCAAAUCAA